GGCGGAGUAUCGCGAGAUUGACGGCCGCGGCCUGGAUUAUUGAAGGAGGUUUUGUGAGCCGAACACGCGUCGUAUCCUUCCGCCCGGAGUCCGCCAUUGUCCCCUCUGAUAUCUAUUUGUCUUCCUCUAGACUAGUGAAAAAUGGCUGUCCAGGAGAGCAGACCAAACAACACAAUCUACAUCAACAAUCUCAAUGAAAAGAUAAAGAAGGAUGAGCUGAAGAAGUCUCUGUACGCCAUCUUCUCCCAGUUUGGUCAGAUUCUUGACAUCCUGGUGUCCCGCAACUUGAAGAUGAGAGGACAGGCUUUUGUGAUCUUUAAAGAAGUAAGCAGCGGAACCAAUGCCCUGAGGUCAAUGCAAGGAUUCCCUUUUUAUGAUAAGCCAAUGAGAAUACAGUAUUCAAAGUCUGACUCUGACAUAAUCGCUAAAAUGAAAGGCACUUUUGUGGAGAGAGACCGCAAGAGACAGGAGAAGAGGAAAGGAAAGGUACCAGAAGUUCCUGCUGUUAAAAAAGCCAUUCCAGGGGCACCUGUUCAAGGCAUGCCAGGGCAGAUACCAGGUAUGGCAAACAUUCCUGGAAUGAACCAGGCACCUCGUAUGAUGCACAUGCCUGGACAGACACCAUACAUGCACCAUCCUGGAAUGAUGCCACCACCAGGAAUGAAUCCUGGACAGAUCCCACCUGGUGGCAUGCCUCAUGGUCAAAUGAUGCCAGGACAGAUGGCACCAAUGCAGCCGAUAUCGGAAAACCCACCAAACCACAUUCUGUUCUUGACCAACCUCCCAGAAGAGACAAACGAGUUGAUGCUUUCUAUGCUCUUCAACCAGUUCCCUGGCUUCAAGGAAGUCCGUUUAGUUCCCGGACGGCACGAUAUCGCGUUUGUGGAGUUUGAGAAUGAAGUUCAAGCUGGAGCUGCUCGAGAAUCUCUACAGGGAUUCAAAAUCACACAGAGCAAUUCAAUGAAGAUUUCAUUUGCCAAAAAGUAGCCUGCUGGAGGACGGGAAGAUCUCAAGCUUUAGAUUGUGUUCUGGGUUUUCAUGAAACUGGUUGGCUUGUGCAAACAACUGAAGCCAACUAUUCAGGCAAUUUUUGUUUUAUUUUUUUGUCUGUGACCUCUCAUCCAGCGUACCAUGUUGGUGAGUAUGGAUUCAUUUAUUUUAUUUUUUUAUGGACUUUUUUAAAGCAUUGCACCCAGAGUCUGCUUGGCAGACAUUGUACCUGGAGCUUGUGAAUAAAGCAUUUUCUACUU